AUGCAAUUGGUGGAGGAGGUUGUCGCAGAUCUGCCUGUGCCAGAACAGGUGGUUGAAGCAGUCGUCUGUCCCCCAGCUAAGGAGGAUGAAGCUGAAGUAGAGGUGUUGGCUGAAGAAGUUACACCUGAGGUCGCUGCUGAGCCUGUUGCAAUCACAGAGGUGCCAGACACCGUCCCCGAGGCUGCAGUAGAAGAGGUGGAAGCCCCUGUAACUGAAGUCAAAGAGGAUGUUGCUGAUACGCUGGUUGAUGACUUUGUUGUCACAGAAUCUGUCGCAGCAGUGGAGAUUGCCAUUGCUGAGUCUGCUGCUGUCGAGCAGGAAACUGUGGCCAUGAGUGAGCCUGUCAUCGCUGAAACAGAAUCUGUAGAUGUGACCCCCGCUGAGCCUGAGCCCCAACCUGAGCCCACUCCCACUCCCGCUCCCGCUCCCCCUGCAGAGGAAAUGAUCAUUGAUGCCACUGCUGAGCAGAAAUGUGUGGAUGUGCCGUCAGAAGAGCCAAAGUCAGAAAUCUGUGACAUGCCAUGUCAAAUGCAGCAGCUCGCUGUGGAGUCUGUGCAGCUCAAUUCAGUGGAGAUGGCGGUGGAGACAGCGCUGAAUGGACACAUUGUUCCAGAGGUCUCCAUUGAGGGCUAGACUCACAUCACACAGCUUGAAAGACCUUUUUUGUCUUUAUUCCCCUCUGUCAUUUGGAAGACUCAAAGCUUUACUGGAGUCAACCGGCUGACCUUUUUU